CUUUGAUACAGAAAAGAAAGGCCCAUUGUCAACACGUUGAUUUGCAUGUCCAAAACAAGCUCUAUAAGAAGGUGAAGAGUCGGAGCUACUUUGCUCACCACCACGUAACUCGGUGCGGGUUUGAUAGAUAAGAAGUUCUUAUUUCUAAUUUUGCAUUUCCCAGUCAGUCGACCGAGUCAUUUAUCAAACUUCAGUAAAAAUGGUCCUGGGAAAAUCAAGCGACUCUGAUCGUCUGGAGCAGCUGAAGGCCUUCGACGAAUCCAAAGCUGGUGUCAAAGGGAUCGUCGAUGCCGGAAUCACCAAAGUCCCACCCAUUUUCGUCCGUCCAAAGAAAGAUCCCACCACCGCUCUCAACCAUAAGAUAUCUGGCCAUUUCAGUAUUCCAGUGGUUGAUCUGGCUGACAAUGAAGGAAGAUCUGCCGAGGUGAUCGACCAAGUCCGGAGGGCCGCAGAGAGCUACGGGUUGUUUCAGGUGGUGAACCAUGGGAUACCUGAGAGAGUGAUGGAGGAGAUGAUGGAGGCGACGCAUGGGUUUCACGAGCUUCCCAGGGAGGCCAAGGCUGAGUACUAUAGUAGGGAGCUUGCAAGGAACGUCAAGUACUUCUCUGGCAGUUCCCUCUAUAUGUUGAUGUUUGCUGAUUGGAGGGACACUUUGCAGUGUAACAUAAGUGACAAGCAGUUCGAUCCUCAAGAAAUUCCUCUCGUUUGCAGAGAUAUAAUUAUGGAGUAUUCCAAGCAUGCUCACAAAUUAGGUGUCAUUUUGUUUACAUUGCUAUCUGAGGCGCUUGGGCUCAAACCUGAUCACCUCAAAAACAUGGAUUGCGCAGAGGAGCAUGUGAUUCUUAAUCAUUACUAUCCCCCAUGCCCGGAACCUGAACUAGCUAUUGGUACUAUCGAACACGCAGAUCCCGAUUUUCUGACAAUCCUACUUCAAGACCAAAUUGGUGGACUCCAGGUUUUGUACCAAAAUCAGUGGAUUGAUGUUCCUCAUGUACCUGGAGCUCUGGUGGUGAACAUUGGAGAUUUCUUGCAGCUAAUGUCAAACAAUAAGUUCAUAAGCGUCAAUCACAGAGUAUUGGCUAAAAAGGAAGGUCCCAGAAUUUCUGUGGCAUGUUUUUUCAGACCAUCACUAGAAAACUCUUCAAGAUUGUAUGGGCCAAUCAAGGAGUUGACAUCAGAAGAAAAACCUCCAGUUUACCGAGAAACAACUAUGAAAGAUUAUACUCAGUGCCACUACAAACAAUGGGAAGCAAAUGAGGUAUCCGGGCUUGACAGCUUGAAGCUGUGA